AUGUCUCGCAAUAUGCCUGCUCUGACGAUCGAUAGCCUCGAGGCUCCAGGCCUUCAAGCCCGCCACAAGGGAGGCAACUUUGCUAGUCGCAACCCCGGUGUCAUCUUGGUGUUUUGCAUUGUGUUCAUUGUAUUCCUGGGACUGUUAUCCCUCUUCCUGUACCGGCAAUGGCUUAAGAGAAUGGCACAGAAGCAGAAUUUCGAGACGACAGAGGCUUAG